AUCUCCACCCGGUGGCCUCCUGGCGCGCAGGGGAGGGUGUCCUGAGCAGCGCCGGCAGGCGUCGGAGGCGGACGCCAUGGCCACAACCUUCCGGGCGAGCGGUAACCGCAGGGCGGCCGGGACUCGCUGGGAAGCAAAGCUGAGCCCUCCCCUUCCUUAGGAAGUUGUCGUCCCUGCCCGCAGGUCGGCGCGCCCACCCGUCCAGGCACGCGCGGCGAAGGGACACGUCGGUGUUGGGGCUGCAGGCUGAUUGGCGCUGGGAACGCCCAAGCUCUGGCCUUUAGCUCCUGAGUAGGAGCAUCAGCAUAUCCGCUACAACCCGCUACAAGAUGAGUGGGUGCUGGUGUCAGCGCACCGCAUGAAGCGGCCCUGGCAGGGGCAGGUAGAACCCCCGCUUCUGACGACAGUACCCCGCCAAGACCCCCACAACCCUCUGUGUCCGGGGGCCACACGGGCCAAUGGAGAAGUGAAUCCCCACUAUGAAGGCACCUUCCUGUUUGACAAUGACUUCCCAGCUCUGCAGCCUGAUGCCCCUAGUCCAGGACCCAGUGAUCACCCCCUUUUCCAAGCAGAGGCUGCUCGAGGAGUUUGUAAGGUUAUGUGCUUCCACCCCUGGUCGGAUGUGACACUGCCACUCAUGUCAGUCCCUGAGAUCCGAGCUGUCGUUGAUGCAUGGGCCUCAGUCACAGAGGAGCUGGGUGCCCAGUACCCUUGGGUGCAGAUCUUUGAAAACAAAGGAGCCAUGAUGGGCUGUUCCAACCCCCAUCCCCACUGCCAGGUGUGGGCCAGCAGUUUCCUGCCAGAUGUUGCCCAGCGUGAGGAGCGAUCUCAGCGGACCUAUCAGAGUCAGCACGGAGAGCCCCUGCUAAUGGAGUAUGGCCACCAAGAGCUGCUCAGGAAGGACCGUCUGGUCCUAACCAGUGAGCACUGGUUAGUGCUGGUCCCCUUCUGGGCAGUGUGGCCCUUCCAGACACUACUGCUGCCCCGUCGGCAUGUGCGGCGGCUGCCUGAGCUGACCCCGGCUGAGCGUGACGAUCUAGCCUACAUCAUGAAGAAGCUCUUGACCAAGUAUGACAACCUAUUUGAGACAUCCUUUCCCUACUCCAUGGGCUGGCAUGGGGCUCCUAUGGGAUCAGAGGCUGGAGCCAACUGGGACCAUUGGCAGCUACAUGCUCAUUAUUAUCCUCCACUCCUGCGUUCUGCCACAGUCCGGAAAUUCAUGGUUGGCUAUGAAAUGCUUGCCCAGGCCCAGAGAGACCUCACCCCUGAGCAGGCUGCAGAGAGACUAAGGGCGCUUCCUGAGGUUCAUUACCGCCUGGGGCAGAAGGACAGGGAGACAGCAGCCAUCGCCUGACCACACUGACCACAGGGCCUUCUGCCUGAGGGAACUAGGGCCUAGGGUUUGGGCAGAUGUGGGAUCAAUAAAACUGUGCUUCUCAAACUUUAAUCACAUAUUCUAACACCA